CUUGUGGAAAGUUCAGUUACAGAAGUUUGUUUCUUGUGCAGACAUUACAGAAAUACUUAGAUUUGUGUGUCUGUUUAUCAUUCUUCUGGUUUGUAUCUCUUGCAAGCAGUAGCUGCUUCACUUCCUGAAUAGUGCACUGCAUCAUGAAAUUGGAGGUACCAGAAAGUUUUGAAGAUGUUGCUGUUGAAUUUUCAAGGGAGGAGUGGGAGAUGCUGAGUGAAAAGGAGAAGAAGCUACACCAGGAAGUGAUGGUGCAGAACUUCGAUCACAUGAUAGAUGUCGGGUACAACAUCCCAGUGGACCACCUCUGGUCACUUAUUUUGAAAGAUAAGAUGCUUUCAUCUGGUAUCGGUGACAGAGGAAGGAAUUUACAGCAAAAUCAGCUUCCUGGUGACAGAAUUAGCAGGUUCCUACAUACAGUUAUUAACACAAAUCAACAGGGAUGCAGAUUUCUCUGAGAUCCAGAGUCUUCAGUCAUCUCACGAGAAACCCCAGGAUACUGAAUUUAACAAAGCUAUCUCAGAUAAGAUGUCAAUCACAACGGAAAAUGCAGUGCAUUCUGAAACCAGACAUAACUGUAAGGAAAGUGAUGAUGGAUUUAUUAAAAAAAACAAACAAACGCAUCUACAAACUCCCAUAGAAAUGGCAUGUAGUCAGCUUAAUCACAACAGUAUAAUAUUCAAUAUUAAUGAUUUAACUAAUCAAUUAAGUCACAGUGAGAAAAUACAAAAUAAUACAAUGGCAUUACAUGAACGGAUAUCUAAUAAAAAUAAGCUUUAUAAAUGUGUCACAUGUGGCAAGAGUUUUACGGAUAGAAAGACUAUAACAGUACAUAUGAUAAUUCAUACUAGUCAGAAGCCCUACAAAUGUACCAUGUGUAACAAGAGGUUUACACAGAGGAGUAAUAUGAUAUCUCAUCAAAGGAUCCACAGUGGACAGAAGCCCUACCAAUGCAGUGUGUGCGGCAAGAGGUUUACACAGAGGAGUAAUAUGAUAUCUCAUCAAAGUACCCACAGUGGACAGAAGCCCUACCAGUGCAGUGUGUGUGACAAGAGAUUUGCAUGGAAAAGGACUAUGGUACAUCAUCAGCAUAUCCACACAGGACACAAACCUACAAAUGUACCAUUUGUGAUAAGAGUUUUGCACAUAGGAGUAAUAUGAUAUCUCAUCAAAGGACCCACAGUGAACAGAAGCCCUACAAAUGCAGUGUAUGUGACAAGAGGUUUACACAGAGGACUUCUAUAAUAUCUCAUCAAAGUACCCACAGUGGAGAGAAGCCCUAUCAAUGCGGUGUAUGUGACAAGAGGUUUGCAUGGAAAAGGACUAUGGUACUUCAUCAGUAUAUUCACACAGGACACAACCCUACAAAUGCACCAUGUGUGAUAAGAGUUUUGCACAGAAGAGUCAGCUGGUAAGUCAUCAGAGUACCCACACAGGGCAGAAAAAACUACAAAUGUGCCACAUGUGGUAAGGGUUUUACGAAGAGGAGUAGUAUGUAUAGGCAUCAGAAUACCCACAGGGGGCAGAAACCCUAUAUGUGCACCAUGUGUGGCAAGACUUUUACACGGAAGGAUUACAUGCUAAAACACCAACAUAUGCACACUAGAGAGAAGCCCUACAAAUGUACCAUAUGUGACAAGAGUUUUGUACGGAAGAGUCAGAUGGUAAGUCAUCAGAGUACCCACACUGGACAGAAAAACUAUAAAUGCGCCAUAUGUGGUAAGAGUUUUAGGGACAAGAGUAAUAUGUACAGGCAUCAGAAUGCCCACACAGGCAAAAACCCUAUAAGUGCACUUUGUGUGACAAGACUUUUAGACAGAAGGGUAACAUGGUAAAACACCAACUUAUACACACUGGAGAGAGUCCCUAUAAAUGCACCCUUUGUGACAAGAGUUUUGUACAGAAGAAUCAGAUGGUAAGUCAUCAGCGUACCCACACUGAACAUAAAAACUACAAAUGUGCCACAUGUGGUAAAAGUUUUAGGCAGAAGGGCAGUAUGUAUAGGCAUCAGAAUACACACACGGGGAAGAAGCCCUAUAAGUGUACCACGUGUGACAAGAGUUUUACACAGAAGUCCAGUAUGAAACGCCAUCAGCAUAUCCACACCGGCCAGAAACCCUAUAAAUGUGCUAUGUGUUACAAGACUUUCAGCCAGGCAUGUACUUUGAAAAGACAUCAGAGGAUCCACCAUGGACAAAAAAAGUAAAUUCUAAUACAGUGGGUAUGAGUUGGAAUGAAGACUGUUACUCAGGUAAAGUUAAGAAAGGGUCCCAACUGAAAAAUACAAGGCGCACUCACUGUGUACAAGAUCUGGUUAAACGUAUUAAAAUCCAUGCACCGUUAUUUAAUGGUGAGAAUAAAAUUAUCAUAGGUGCACUUUGAAAUUACUGACACCAGUCUGGAUAACAGUGGGGCAACAGUCUCUUACUUAAAAAAAGUGAACCUGUAUAUCACCCUAAGAAAUAUUAUUCAAUAAAUUGUCUUCCAACAACAACAACAUAUAAACUAUAUGCAGGAAUUGAUGCAGGCCAAGUAUAUAGUCGUCUAGAUAAAAUUAGAUCAUGACAUUAGAACAGAAGAGGAGGAAAAGAGAUCCCUGUUGAACUAAGGAUCAUCUUUAGUUAAACAAAGCCAUAAUAGAGACUUGUAAAAAGAACAGACAUCUCAGUAUGGCAUGGAUAGACUACAAAAAAAGCAUUUAAUGGUAUUCCUCACUCAUGGGUUAUAGAAUACUUACAAAUCUACAAGAGUCACUACACAGUUAUAAGUUACAUUGCAAUUACUAUAAAAAAGUGGCAAACCACUUUGAAAUUGAACCGUAAAAAUGGGAGAAAUUGCUCUCUAAGGUGUAAAAAUCUGUUAAGCUGUUUACUUAGCUUAGGUUAUGGAUUCAGUCUGACUGCAAGAAAAUCUUCUUGUCAAAAGACAUGUCCCCUGCCUUUUGUGGAUUAUCUAAGAAUGAAUUGCUCAUAUGACAAGUUCAGCCACAAGUCAUUACAAUGUUUAAAGAUGUAAUAAGAAUGUAAUUAUGUAUCAACAAAUAUGCUAAAGCAACAUUUAUAGCAGGAAAUGUGAAUAAACCAGAAAAUAUAAACCUUGUGAAAGAAUGAGGUAUAAAAAAUUGCACAAGAGAGAAUAUAUAGAUAUGUAGGAACAGAUGAAGGGGCAGCAGUACAGCAUGAACAGAUGUGAACAAAGCUUAGUAAGAAAUAUUUUAGAAGAUUGAAACUUAUACUAUAAACUUCUUUGAUAUCUAGGUAUAAGCUUCAAGCUCUAAAUCAACCUGCAUUCCCUGCACUAACUUACAGCUUUGAUAUGAUGAACUGGGCUCUGAAAAAGCGCUAAAUAUGUAUGAUAGGAAAACAAGAAAACUGCUUUAUACUCAUCAAAUGAUAUGCAAGAACUAUUGUUUGGUAUGAAUAUAUAUCCCUUGGUCUGGAUGAGGCAUGGGGUCUCUCUAAAAUUUGCCUCGUGUAUAGAUUGUUGUUUGAGGAUUGCAUAUAAAUUCAUUAACAUCAUCUGAGCCAGACUUAUUAAAAUGUCUAUACCAUGAAGAAAACAAGUCUAAGAUGACAUAUUUGCUCUAGUUAGUAAAUGCUGUUAAGAAAAGUGAGGAUAUCAAAUGAGAAAUGGACAAAUCAGGUCAAAGUAAAAAGUGUUAAAAAAAGGAAGAAUAUAAAGAAUGUGAUCAGGAAAAAAGGAGAAAAUAGAAAACCCGGACUUAUAGUGGAAUAAAUAGAAAACCCAGACUUAUAGUGGAAUUUACUUACAGAAAACUACUGGGACAGAGGCACAGGGAACUAAUCUAAGGGGGCGGCAAAAGCCAACACAUUCUGGCUAGGCCUACCUAUGGAACAAACACAAAGGCAAGGCAAAUUCAAACCAGAAGAUUAAAUGUUAAUAAGGCAGGUCAACUUAAUUGACUAUAUAGUCAGUGUUACACAAAAUACAUAAAAAGGAUAGGCUAUACAGACAAAGGUUUUGCAGUACAUAAAUGAAACAGUUGCUCAUCUUGUUGCAAGUUCUGUGAUACACUUGUUUGUGUCUUUUGGCUUUUCUUGGUUAGGGGUCUCCACAGUGGAACUCCAGUCCGCUAAUA